AUGCCUCAAACCCUCAAAGUCGCCGUCGUGCAAUCGCGCACCCAGUCCUCCCUCUCCGCCACCCUCUCCUCCCUCGAAACCAUAACCUCCCACGCCGUCACCAAAGGCAUUCGCCUCCUCCUCUUCCCAGAAGCCUACCUCGGCGGCUACCCACGCACCUGCGAUUUCGGAACAGCAGUCGGCGCGCGCGCACCGUACGGCCGUGACCAAUUCCUCGAAUACUUCAACGCAGCGGUUGAUUUGGGUGAUACGCCGGCGGGCGCGGGGGAUGAGUGGGUGGAGCGGAGAUUGCCGCUCCCCGCAGGGAAGGAGUAUCGGGGGGAUGGGACGAGGGAGGUUUUGGAGAGGGUUUCGAAGAGGACGGGGAUUUUUGUGGUUACGGGGGUGAUUGAGAGGGCGGGGGGGAGUUUGUAUUGUGCGGUUGUUUAUGUUGAUCCUGUUAGGGGGGUUAUUGGGAAGAGGAGGAAGGUUAUGCCGACCGGGUCAGAACGCCUCGUCUGGGCACAGGGAUCCCCGUCCACACUGAAAGCUGUAACAACCGAAAUCGACGGCGUCACAAUCACAUUGGCCGCCGCAAUCUGCUGGGAGAACUUCAUGCCUCUCCUCCGCCAAAGCCUCUACUCUCAGAACGUGAACAUCUACCUCGCCCCAACAGCAGAUAGCCGCGACACUUGGCUACCGUUAAUGCGCACCGUCGCCGGCGAGGGACGCACCUUCGUCCUCUCCGCGAACCAAUCCGUGCGCCGCGGAGACUUGCCAGAGUGGAUCACGAAGUACUCUCAAGGUCAAGCCUCUGUAGACGAGUACGUCUCGCGCGGUGGCUCGUGUAUCGUUGGUCCUUUAGGUGAGGUUCUGUCUGAGCCGAUUUGGGAGGCUAGUACGGAUGAUGAGGCAGGUAUUGAGGCGGGACUGUCGGUUGCGGAGAUUGAUCUUGAUGAUUGUCUAAGGGGGCGGUUGGAUAUGGAUGUUGCGGGGAGUUAUUCGAGGAAUGAUGCGUUUACGCUUACGGUGGAGGGGUUGGAUUUGAAUCCUCCUCCUGUUUGA